AUGGAAAAGUCUAUUGAAGGAAGAGGAGGUGUCGCCGCUGAACAGUACACAUUUGUCAUUGUAGGUGGGGGUAUAGCUGGUGUAACAAGUGCAGAGACUACUGCCAUCUGUUGUCCCAAGGAGUCAAUUUUACUGUUGACGGAAUCUAACAUCAUCAAGACUGUAGCAAAUUUAGAACCCGUCGCUAGAUAUUUGUACAAGUUCGAUGUACUUGAAAGGGAAUUAGCCAAUAACACUGGAAACAGCGAAUCCAGAAAUGUUCUAGCUCCCGCUAUAGUUACCCAAGUCGAUAGCUUACAGCAUGUUGAUGCCAAAGAAAAGUUUAUAAUAACAACUAAGAAAAAGAAGAUCUACUACAAGUAUUUGUGUAUAUGCACAGGUGGAAGGCCUCGUCUCAUAGAAAAAGACAAUCCCCUUAUAAUUGGAAUACGGGACACUGAUUCUGUUCUGGUAUUGCAAAAUAAGUUGGCCAAUUCGAAAACUGUGGUUCUAGUCGGUAACGGCGGAAUAGCCAGCGAAUUAGCUUAUGAGCUGAAAGGCUUAAAAGUUCACUGGGUAGUGAAGGAUAACCACAUUGCUUCAACAUUUAUUGAUCCUGGAGCUGCUUAUUUCUUCCAACAAGUAAUGGACUCUAAAGAAGGUGUUACAUCGAAUGAUACAUCUGAAAGUAUUGUAAAGCGAUUACGAUAUGAUGAAAUAGUAGCUUCUGAAAACAGUAAUAAAAAAGGAGCAGCUUUGGGACCUGAUUGGCACCGCCAUUUCGAUUUGAAAGGAUCUAAUUCCAGCAUAGAUAAGCCUAUUAUUCAUUUCAAAUCGUUGGUAAAGAGCAUGGAGGAAUAUUUCGAUGCAGAACAGAACAAAACUCUCCUGAAAGUUGAGCUUAACACAGGCGAAAUUAUUGUUUGUGAUUUUCUUGUAUCAGCAACUGGGGUGGAUCCACGAUAUGACUACAGUUCUGAACCCAAAUUUGAACUAGAUAUCGAAGACCACGGCAUUAAAGUGAACGAAAUGAUGCAAACCUCUAAUGAAUACAUAUACGCCGCUGGCGAUGUUUGUACAGCUGCAUGGGAUAAAGCCGAACACUGGUUUCAGAUGCGCCUAUGGACUCAAGCUCGACAAAUGGGUUCAAUGGCUGGCAGAAGUAUGACCGCACAUCACCUUGGAGAAACCAUAUAUCAAGAUUUUUGUUUUGAGCUUUUCGGACAUGUGACACAGUUAUUUGGUUUGCCAGUUAUCCUCUUGGGACGCUAUAAUGGUCAAUGUUUGGGCACAAAUUACGAAAUACUACUGCGAACUACACCAGGUCACGAGUACAUCAAGUUUAUUCUGCAAGAUGGUAAACUGCGGGGUGCCAUUCUAAUUGGAAACACAGAGCUGGCAGAAAUGUGCGAAAAUCUUAUACUAAAUGGCAUUGAUUUAACACCAUUUGGCGAUGAUAUUCUUAAUCCUGAUAUAGAUAUUGAUGACUAUUUCGAUUAAAUACAAAAUAAAACUUUAUUAACACAA